UCGCCUGCUGCGUGCGAAGGAGAAGGAGCGAGCGAGAGAAAACGAGAGCGGGGAAGGACGAGCAGGAAGAGCAAUGGCGACACUGGCUCGCCUCAUACCAAGUCCGGAUACCUUCCUCAGCGAGCCUUGGUCUUCGUUCGUCGGUGCUGCUCAACUGCGUCUCGUUGACGACUCGCCUUUGAAGGAGUUCCACGCAGAGCUUGUUGUCAACGAAGAAGAGAUGCUCCACCGCCGUCUGUUUCCAGUGCUGGAGGACUUUCAUCUCGUUGUCUGCCAUGUCUGCAAUCAGGUGGUCACUCCUCAGGCCUUCCUCACGCACUACGAGAAGCGCCACAGCUCUCCCGUCUCUUCAAGGAGCCCGCUGGUCCUCAUGAAGGCCAAAGCCCCUGCGGCGGUCCCCGCCGUGGCAGGCGGUCCUGAGGAUGCAUUGGCCUUUCGGAUCCCCAAAGACUAUCCUCACUCGCGCUUCAGCAAAGCGCCACUCGCCGUCUAUCCUCCAAAGGGGGCUCGGAGCAAGCCAUGUGUAUCUCUUCCGGUCGUCAGUUUGGAAAAGAUGCCCUGCCUCAGCCGAGCCAACUCGACCUCACAGGUCGGUCUAGCUGCCUCGUCUUCUUCUCCCUCUUCGUCCCCUCUCAAACACCCGCCGCUCCCAGCCGUGGGCUUCUCCAAUGUGAAACUACCGAAUGGUCGCGGCAACACGGGGCCCUCCACGCCGCGCUCCUCCGCAUCGCCGUCGUCUCUGGACGUGCGCCACAGCCCGGCGCGCUCUCCUCCUGACAGGCGGCCGGCAUCGUCGCUUUCCCCCUCCCCCGCUCCUUCACCUGCUCACCGGCCGGCCUCUCAGCUGUUGUCACUGUCACCUUCUGAGAAGAAGAAUCAAAAUGGCACCAAGGCUUCUUCCAGGUCGCACAACAGGCUUUCAGGAAGAAUAUUUGACCCAAAUAAGCACUGUGGCGUCCAGGACCCUGAAACCAAACAGCCGUGCACGCGCUCCCUCACCUGCAAGACUCACUCCCUAACCCACCGCCGAGCCGUGCCUGGCAGGAGGAAACAUUUUGACGUCCUCCUGGCCGAGCACAGGGGCAGGACCAAGGAGAAGGAUGCAGCGAAGGAGAAAGACAAGGACGGUUGCAGCCCAAGUGUCGUCUCGCAAGACGCCGCGUCUCCCAGCAAGUCUCAAUGCCCUAAUGGACGUGCUCUGUCCACGCUGAAAUUAAAGCUGGCAAACGCACACAUACCCAGGGUUCCAGGCAUCACCACCUCAGCUCCUCAGCUUCCGCCACCAGCACCCUUCGCUGUUCCAGGUCCCUUCCCCAUCCCGGCCUCCAACCCAGAGCACUCGCCCCAGCCUUGGACAACGACAGCAGGCGGAGAUGGCGAGCGGCUGUCCAGCGACGAUGGCGACGCGCAGACUCCCGAGGAUGCCCACCCACCCAUCUUUCACUUCUCUGAAAGUCACCCACAGCCUUCAGGGUUUUGCAUAUUCAGCAGCAGGCUCAUGGGACGAGGCCACUACGUGUUUGACAGGCGGUGGGACAGGAUGAGGCUGGCGCUCCAAAACAUGGUGGAGAAGCACCUCAAUGCACAAAUGUGGAGAAAGGUUCCUCUUGCUGCAGAGAGCCUGUCCUCCCUUUCGCCCUCUGGCGGCACGUCCCAGCAGGCACCCCAUCCCUCUCCCCCGUCGGACACUCGUCCGCCUUUAACCGCCCCGUCCAGUUCAGUCUCCUGCGGUCCCUCCUUCCCUCAUCCCAUAUCUUCACCUCGAAGUUUGACCUUCAGAGAUGCCCCACAGCCAAUUUCCACUCUGGGAGCAUCCCAUCACAGCGCGCACAGGGCCAGUCGCCCCACCAAAGAGAGAGAGGACUCUUUCGUGGGAGCUAAGAGAAAAAACUCUUCCUACUACUGCUCCUUUCGGAACGGGACCGGCUAUCAUCCGCCGUUGCAAGCAUCAGGGGGCCUGGACGCCACCCCGGCGAGGAAAAAGGGACACGGUCGCGAGGGAAACGGGCUUUGGAGCUACAGUGACCAUUGGUUAUCGAAAGCUGAUGGCUCCCGCAGCCAUAACUCUAAUAACAGUGAUCUUGGCAACACCGGUAUAUCCUACUCUGCCAGCAGGGAGCUGACAGCCGCCCCCUCCUCUGGAGCGUUGAAUUAUGGGCAAAAAGCAGAGGGGAGGAAGAGGAAGAGCGCCGGCUCUUAUGAAGGGAAGACCGGCAACAAGCUCAACAGGCUGGGCGGUGUGGACGGCUUCUUUGGGAACGGGAACGACAGCGAGUCCCAAAGACAGGCCAAGUUGCAUCACUGACACCUGUAUGGUAGAAUGUCUGGCAGUGAGACCCAACCCAAUCCCCUUAUUGACAGAACCAAUCAGACUGCUUCACCUGUGUGAUGUCGCUUAUUUACUUCCGUUCAUGGCAGCCAAGCGGGCUCAGGACUCUUGGGCCGCACGUUCUCACCUGCUUGUUUUCACCCUCCGGUUCUAAUUUUGAACGACGCUGACUGAAAUGAACCCGGGACUGCGGAGUCCAGAUGCCGUGUUCAUGAGGAAUUCAUUUUUCACUUUUUUAUAAGUUUCUUUGUGGUCAGCUGACAAGGAACUACUACAGGACUGGAACAUCGGCUCGGCUUCAACAUUUCUUUUUCUUCUCCUGCAAUCUUUGCUCAAUGGCAAACUUUUCAGUUGGGUUUUAACCAGCUUCUUCGCCCUCUUACCUUCCCUCCCACUUUUUUAACUCCCCGUUUUAUAUGAAGCCGCUUUUUACGCGGACUCUCUUUGCAGUCUUUUGUCCCGUGUGCAUUGUGUACACCCAGCAUGGCUGUUUAAAGUGCUCUUACUGCCCUCGUCCUCCCUCGCAGCAGCUUCCACCAGUGCCACACUAAGACCCCGUUCACAUUUACAAUAUAUACAUUUACAGGGGGAAAAACAUCUCUUAACCAAUGAUGCCAUUCAAUGCAUUGUAUUGUACCUAAUAUAGGUGGAAGUCUGAACUAAAGGAAACAUUAUUUUUUUGCUAUUUUAACAGAUUUUCUUAGGUCUUUCUAGAGUGCCAUGUACCAUUUAGGGUUUGAGCUCAAGGAAUAAUUGUCAUUUUGAAGAAAUGCUGAAAGUAUUAUACUGUUGAAAAUGUGUACAUAUCUGUUUGAUUACUCUUUGGUAUUUAUUAUUCUCCCCGUUUGUACUGAGCUGCAGAAGGGAGGAUUUAAACAGCUAUAUAAUUUGACGUCAAUGGCCUGGUUUCCCCCCUGAAAUUCACAUAUUUGCAAUUUACUUUUUUUUUAAUUAUUAUUAUUACUUGAGUUCCAAUUUUAGUUGCUCAAGUUCAAGUGUGUGUCCAUUGACCAUUACACAACACACUUCUUCAUCCAUGCACUAUUUAAGUCGAUGUACAAGCUUUAUUGAAAGAUAAAAGACGGGAAAAUGUUUCAUCACCACUCCCUGCAGUACUUCCUCUUCCCUCGGUUCACCACAUUGCUCAUCGCAAGCGGAAUAGUGAGAACGCACUAUCAAUACUUUUGUGGGGAACGUGUGACGUGUCCAUUUGUCAUCACUUGACCGCUUGGAGCCUGUCAUACAACAGGUGCUUUUUAAGCAAGACUGAGAAUAUGAGUAUCGUCUUCAUCUUUAGGGCCCGUCUGUCAGUAUUUCCUCUCAUAUUUAAAACACAUCAGUGCCCCUUUCAACACUAUUAAAGUUCAUAUACUGUUCAUAUAAAAAGUCUCCGCACACCCUGUUCAAAUGCCAGGUUUUUGUGAUAUAGAAAAUGAAGAUGAGUCCACCAUUGUUGUGACCUAGAUUACCUGUACAACUCAAUGAGGGGUGGGGGGAAUCUUUUCCUGAGGGGAAGUAAAAGUAAACAACAGAAAUAAUGUCGUUGCACAAGUGUGCACACCCUAUGGAAUAACAGAACAGCUGCACUUUCUUUGGGUUUAUUCAGAGGGCCUUUAAAUGGUGGCAGGUGUGGGCUGACUCCGAUUUACGUGAGUUUGAAUGUUGAUUGGUUAAUUCAGAACACAGCCAUAUCCUAGUCAUAAGAGAGUGUGCCCAUUUGUGCAACCACAUUAUCUCAGUUGUUUUAUUUACCCUCUUUAAAAAUUUAAUUGAGUUUAACUUGUACAGGCGAUGGUUAGCAUUGAUGGUCAAAUGUUUGGAAAUUAUUUUUCAUGGUCUCAAUUAACUUUUGAACAGUGGUGUGUAUACUUUUUAUAGCCACUGUAGUUUGUAGGAAAACUAAGCGUUUUGCAUCAUAUUCCAAAAAAGGUCUUGCAGUCCUGUUUUCAUCACUGGUCUUCCCAAAUGUGUUUUUUUUUAAGACUGAUCCCAGUGUCAUGUAUAUUUGCUGGGUGGGAUUAGAAUGCUUAUUUUUUGGGGGGGGGCACACACUGGGUUAAAUACAUACGUCCGGCCUAAUGUUCAUAGUCUGGGACCUUCUCAACUGAGGUUUAUCUUUUUUGAUAGGAACCCCAAUGUGAGGUGACAUUGUGACAAUGCAGCUAAAACAAUGACAAAGUUCACGUUGAUUUUUGUACGUCUUUGUCUUUGCUUGUUGUUAACGCUUCCCCUUCCGUGGUGUUUGCACUUUGUAACAAAAUCUUUAACCAAGUUCUAUUUAUAUAUAUUUGACACGUUCAAAGUCAAAAUUUAUAUUUGUAUGUCUCUGGCAACUGCAGUAAAAAAAAAAAAAAAAAAAAAAAAAAAAAGGAAGAGUUAACAGAACAACGACCUCCUGAUACCAGCGCACUGUUCUUUUUUUUUGUUUUGUUUCAGGAUGCAAACUGUGGUAAAAGUUGAAUGUCUGCUACUCGCCUUGUUAUUAAAUACAUUUAUUUCACUGCCGUCAGAGCAGUUGUUGUUUUAAAAAAAGAAAAGCUUUUAUUAAAUAACUUAAGUGUGA